AUGAGCACUGAACAAGACCCUUUAUUGGCAGCAUUUGAAGGAAACACAGGCGAUAAUGGAAAUAACGAGAAUAGUGGUAAUACGGCCGAUUCGGCUCAGCAACAGCCUCAGGAAUCGGCUCAGCAACCGCCCCAAGACUUGGCUCAAGAAGCGCGCCAGCGUGCCCUUGCAAGUUUCCGCAAAAAGCUUGCUGAACACAGGCGCUAUGAAGACCAGUUGAAGAACAGACGCCAGGGCAUACGCGAUAUGGAGCGGGAGUACGAGCGCACCGAAGCAGACAUUAGAGCGUUGCAGAGCAUUGGACAGCUAGUAGGAGAGGUUAUGAAGGAACUUUCAGAGGAGAAAUACAUCGUGAAGGCGUCGUCAGGCCCCCGUUACAUCGUUGGAGUCCGGAACUCCGUCGACCGCAAAAAACUAAAGAAGGGUGUCCGUGUGACCCUGGAUAUCACCACACUUACCAUCAUGCGUGUUUUGCCGCGCGAGACUGACCCUCUUGUGUACAAUAUGACUUCUUUCGAAUCCGGGGAGAUCACCUUUGAUGGAAUUGGUGGUUUGACCGACCAGAUUCGGGAACUUCGGGAAGUUAUAGAAUUGCCUUUAAAGAACCCCGAGAUUUUCCAACGUGUAGGAAUCAAAUCACCCAAAGGUGUGCUUUUGUAUGGCCCACCCGGUACUGGUAAGACUCUAUUGGCGAAAGCCGUUGCCGCAACUAUCGGAACCAAUUUUAUAUUUUCCCCAGCUUCUGGUAUUGUUGACAAAUAUAUCGGUGAGUCGGCACGUAUCAUCCGUGAGAUGUUUGCUUACGCCAAGGAGCACGAACCUUGUAUCAUAUUCAUGGACGAAAUUGAUGCCAUUGGUGGUCGUAGAUUCAGCGAAGGUACUUCCGCGGAUCGUGAAAUUCAACGUACGUUGAUGGAGCUGCUGACACAAAUGGACGGUUUUGAUAAUCUAGGACAAACCAAAAUUAUCAUGGCUACCAAUAGACCCGAUACAUUAGACCCGGCCCUACUUAGACCCGGUAGACUGGAUCGCAAAAUUGAGAUUGGCUUGCCAAAUGAAACUGGCAGGUUGGAGAUUUUCAAGAUUCAUAGCGCCAAAGUCAAGAAGGCUGGUGAGUUUGAUUUUGAAGCCGCAGUAAAGAUGAGUGAUGGAUUCAACGGUGCGGAUAUCCGCAACUGUGUCACAGAGGCCGGAUUUUUUGCAAUUCGUGACGAUCGUGACCACAUUAUCCAGGAUGACCUAAUGAAAGCGGUUAGAAAAGUGGCCGAGGUCAAGAAGCUUGAAGGUAAAAUCGAAUAUCAAAAGCUUUAA